AUGGCCGCGGUCGCCGUUGCGACUGCGACGGCGCCAACGAGAGCGGAAACACACUCUAGAAACUCCAAUGGCGAUCGCCAUGACCAACAACCAGGACCGGAACCGCAACCGCAGCAGCAUUUCGGCGGCUUCGGCGGCGGCGGCGGUGUGCAAAUCACCACGCGCACCGACCUCUCGUUCCUGUACCGCGCUCUGCGCGCCGUCAUGAAACCGCUGCGUCCCCGUCUCGUCCAGCUCGGCGGGUCAGCCCAGCCAGCGGGGUCGCCGCGCCUGUCGCCGCCGAGGAAGCGGGGUGUGCAGAUCACCGAGACGCGGUGUGCCGACGUGUGGAUGUAUCGGUAUCGGGUGAACGCUCGCGCGGGCGAGGGGGGGAAGGCGAGAGGACGAAGAGGAGGGGGACGAGAUGAACGAGGAGGAGGUGGUGGAGGAGAGCGAGGAAGACGCGUCCACCACGUCUAUUAUUUCUGCGGCGGCGGGUUCCAAUCGCCCCCUUCUUCCGAACACUGGCGCUUCGUGGCACAGCUCGCGCAAGACCUCGCGAGACACCGGUCCAGUAGUACUUCACCUGUCGACGUCAACGAUGGUGGCAAACACCACGAUGAACCACACAAAAACACCGACACCGACACCGAAAUCGAGCUGGUCCUCGUCAGUUAUCCACUGGCCCCAAAAAACCCGGCGAGCGAGAGCUUGAGGAUCCUCAGAAAGUGGCUCACAACGGUCAUGGACGAGGUUGCCGCGAAGGGAAACACGCUCAGUCUGGCGGGUGAUAGCAGCGGCGGGAACGUCGUCCUGAGUCUGGGAUUCUGGGCCGUGCAGAAUUAUGGGGUUGGACCAUCACAACAUCAGCAGCAGCAGCAGCAGCAGCAGAGCCAGCAAGUCCAUUCUAGAACAGAAACACCUCUUGCUACUGGCGAUGACGACGACAACGACUUGACCAAGUGCACCAACGAGGGACCCGGAAUGAGGUCAAGAGAGGGCAAGUUCUCACUCACGGCCCUGAUCAGCAUCUCAGGUCCCACGGACUUGACCAACACCAACCCAGAAAUCCGCAAGGCGGAUCAACUGGACUGUCUCCUGACAGAGAAGACGACACGAGAAGUCGCGCAGGUCUGGACCGCGAACGAUGACAGCAACGGCACUGCGAACAAGAAGAAACAGAACUCUCCCUCCCACGAACCCACCCCGCUCACCGACCCCAGCGUUUCGCCCCUCCUCAACCCCGACGCGGCCUUCCACGCCCUCAAGGAACGACAGGUACACGUGCACGGGGUCUUGGGCACGCACGACGUGUUGGCGCCGGACGCAAUCGCGUUCAUGCACAAGUGCCAAAGACUCGGGCUGACGGGGCAGUGGCUGGUGUGGGAGGGCCAGAUGCACUGUUUCCCUCUUGCGGGCGGAGAGGGCUGGCUGGGGAUCCGGGAAGGGAGAGAAGCGCGCGAGUUUAUAGAGAGUGUGUUUCGGAGAGAAUCUGGGCGGGAAGAUGCGAAUCAUGUAUAA